AGGUUAUCUUCGUCCUUCCAACAGUAGACAGCGAAGUGUAUUCCACUGCUAGUCCCUCGUUGGCUUUUAACUGAAUAAUGUUUCUUCACGGUUACACGCGUUACCAUUUCCCUAGCUUGGUCGCUAUUGCUUUCUAACGAUUUUCCCGGGAAAAUAGAGCGAAAAUUCUCAGGUAAGUGGGCUUAGGGUUUGUAUAACGGAUCGGAGAAUGUCUCAGACAGGGAAAUUGAUGCCGAAUCUGGAUCAGCAGAGCACUAAGAUGCUCAAUCUCACAGUUCUCCAGAGAAUCGAUCCCUUCAUCGAAGAGAUUCUGAUCACGGCAGCUCAUGUCACUUUCUAUGAGUUCAACAUCGAGAGUAAUCAGUGGAGUCGAAAGGACGUUGAAGGAUCUUUGUUUGUUGUGAAGAGGAAUACCCAGCCCAGAUUUCAGUUCAUCGUAAUGAAUCGAAGAAAUACAGAAAACCUAGUGGAGAAUCUAUUGGGAGAUUUCGAGUAUGAAGUCCAAGUGCCUUAUUUGUUGUAUAGAAAUGCAGCCCAAGAAGUUAAUGGUAUUUGGUUUUACAAUUCACGUGAAUGUGAGGAAGUUGCCAACCUAUUUAGUAGGAUACUUAAUGCAUACUCAAAGGUGCCCCCAAAGCCAAAAGUACCUUCAAGCAAAAGUGAAUUUGAGGAGCUUGAAGCAGUUCCAAGCAUGUCAGUGAUUGAAGGCCCCUUGGAGCCCUCGUCAACUGCCUCCGCUACCACUGAUAGUCCUGAAGAGUCUUCAUUUGAGAGUUUCUUUAAUGCGACUAUGGUUAUUGGAAGCAGUGCUGCUAAUUUAGCAAAUUCAAGACAACCCUAUCAUUCUACAGCCACCAUCCCAUUAUCCACACAUACACCUAAUGUUGUUUCCCCUCCUUCACACAAUCCACAAAUACCAUCCCUUCCUCUUUCAUCUUUACCUCCUUCAGUAGCCAUCCAUGAUGCUCCUGAUCCAAUCAGCAGUAGCAAUCGAGUUACUAAUCUUGUGAAGCCCUCUUUUUUUACCCCACCUUCUUCUUCAUCUGCUUUGAUGGCUCCACCUAUCUCUUCACCUCUGCCUACUGCUCCUGCUCUUCAUCCUCCCUUAAAUCUGCAACGCCCCUAUGGCACCCCAUUGCUUCAGCCCUUUCCACCUCCCACUCCACCACCAUCUCUGACUCCUAGUUCUCCUACUACUGCACCUGUUAUUAAUAGAGACAAAGUCCGUGAUGCUCUUUUAACACUUGUUCAGGAUGAUCAAUUCAUCGACAUGUUUUAUCAAGCGCUGCUGAAGGUGCAUCAUUCUUGAGGUGCUGGAGAUACAUAGCAGCCUGACCCAAGUACAAAAUGCUUGUAACAUGAGUUCGAUGUACAGCUCUAGUUCCAUAGAAAUAAUGUUGGCAUAACUCCCUAUAGUGAGCUUGUUAAUAUCCAUCAUGCAGAAGUUACUAGGUUGAAAGGGAUUUACUGUCUGGAUUGGUUCAAUAUUGUGGUGUCUCCAUUCAAAUGGAAUUGGAACGUUGUAAUAGAAAGGAAUAGAAUUUUCCAGUGUCAGAGAUCUAAUUUUUCAGGUUCCUUAGGAGUGAGUGUACUAGUUACCAAAUCUGCAAAGGGAUCGAGGACGAUGUGUAAGAACUGAAUUUGCCUGUACUCUUAUUAUUAUUAUCAUUUUCUUUUUUUGACUUUUUGUAAUUUUUUAUUGUUGUUAGUUCAUUAUUAUUUUUUAUUUUA